AUGUUGUACAAACAAGGGCCGAAAAAAAGGUUUCGAGUCUUUCCUUUCCCUCACCUGGGCUUGCCAGCUGGUGCCGCCCUACGAUGUGUGCCUCGUCUGACGCUUUGGUUUAGACGAGUGCCAGCGAGCACGCUAUCGCUGCGACCCAACCCUGCGCCUCAAAUCUACUGCCGCGUUCGCGUCCCGCCGUUCCCUCAGCUUCGCCAUAGCCUAGCCCACCACAAGUUACAACCAAGCGAAGUGCUCACGCGGUCCAAGCUACUUGCUUUUGCGGCCGCCAUAGUGUUUUCGUCCAACAACACCCAAAAAGAACGCGCUCUCUCUUUUGCCACGCGGCGCUUUUACUGGAAAGCAAGGCACGACGGUGGUCGUCACCACCUUUUGCAGAUGGGGCAGUUCACACUAGCGCAAACCUACCAAAGCACUCGGGCCAAUUUCCAACCCAAUUCCCAUGCCAAUCCUCCUUUGCACCACCCUCGCGCAAGUUCGUCUCAUUCGCGCACCCCAUCACGUUCUUCUUCCGAGGUGGCAACUAAACGCUGCCAAAGUCACAAUCCACGAAGAGGUCCUGGUUUCAUUCCAGCCCAGGCUUUCUGGAGAAAUGCCGAGCUGCUUCAGCAUCAUGCCAAGCGCCCCAUGAGGGUGCUCUCCAGAAUUAUCUUCUCUGCCAGCGGUAGUUGCCUCUUCUCUCCCAUCCGGCGCGAUCGGGAUGACGUUCGACUCCCCAGUGCCUCUCCUGCUCCUCUGCCUUCAGCUUCUUUUGGUCACUACUGCCAUCCCAUCCCCAAUCGUCUGCGAAUGGGCGUUUCCUCUUGCAGCUCCCUCCGCGAUGCCGUCACGCUGCCCUUUACAAGGUUCCCACCUCCCACGCAACCUCUCGGGCGCCCACCCUUCUUUCGUAUUAAGCGUUCCAGAACAUCCUUCGACAUGGCUGGUUUCACCUUCACCCCUCUUUGCGAGAUUUGA